AUGAACAAUUCGAUACAGAUUGCAAUCGCACAUGUCAUUAUCGGGAUCAAAUUACCGUUUAUCAUAAUCAAAUUUUCGCCCCUCGCAGCAUACAUAAUAUUUUCCGACUAUCCACUAGGUGGCAAGUAUUUCCUGCUCUGCGUCGGCGGAGGCGACGGAGGCGACGGAGGCGACGAAGGGGGCAGAUAUGUCGGUGCUGGUGUUGAUAUUGGACGCGGAGUUGGACUUGGGGUCGGUGGAGGAGGAGGGGGCGGAGGAGGUGGAGGUGGAGGCGGUGGCGGGGGCGGAGGCGAGGGUGGAAGAGCUGGAGGCAAAUAUGUUGGUGGUGGUGGGGGAGGAGGCGGCGGCGGGGGUGGAGGUGGAGGUGGAGGCGGAGGAGGUGGUGGAGGAGGUGGUGGAGGCGGUGGUGGUGGUGGUGGAGGAGGAGGUGGUGGAGGUGGCGGGGGUGGGGGUGGGGGUGGAGGCGGAGGUGAAGGAUAG